UGCCGAACUUUCACUUGAGGGCAGCGUCUAGUUUUAGCGGAGUCAAAUGCUCGCGUACUUUUAAGCACAAUCGACUGUUUGCUAGUCUAUGAUGGGCGCCAUUGUGUUAUGUGCAGAUUGCUCGCACUGCGGAAAAGGAUGGAAAGGGAUGUUAAUUUGAUUGGAAGUGAGCAAUGUCUGUGAUGGACGGGUCAUCUGGGGCGAGUCCACCGGAUCUGGAGGGGGGUUUCAACACAGUUGCCAUCAAUGAGGAGAUUGUCGAUGAAUUGGUGGAAGCCAACACUAAAUCAAGUGUUCCAGAUCAAUUGCUAAAUAGAGACAUCGAUAGUGAGUGUCUGUCCGACGAUGGUCUAUUAUCAUUGUCUGCCGCUGACAGUAGUGCAGCAUUUGGAUCAGUGCCAGAGACUACACAUGACAACGUUGGAUCUUCACUCGUCCAGAACUCAUCAGAUAUUGCCAUGGAUCCAACAAUGUCACUCCUCAGAGAUGACAUCCAAGAUGCUAUCGGCAGUUCCCCUGUGGAGAAUCUGUCCUCAUUAGGUCUUGAGAGUAAGCAGACUGGGGUGGACGUAGUUCCUGUUGUCAAUAACACUGACCAAUCUGAGUCCUGCCAGCUACAGUCUGUUGUUGGACAGUGUUCUCUGGAUAAUGCUGACCUCUCUGAAAUCCCUCCAAUUCAAUCAUCUGGAGAUGCAGAGGUUUGCAGGUCCGUUGAAGGUCAGCCAGGUAAUGAGGUAACUGAAAUGCUGGUGGAGAGCCCUUCAUCCCAGAGAAGUACCUGUCAAGAUGAGCCUUCCUUAAAGUGUCUGGAAUGUGACCUUACAUUUGCAAACGGCAUCUCUCUGAAGGCACACCAACUCACCCACAAGGCGGAGAGUCAGUUUGUGUGCGGCAUCUGCUGCAAAGGCUUCAGUAGUGAGAGUUUGCUGAGCAGUCACUUUGCCACGCACUCAGACAGCCGGCGCUACACCUGUCCUCACUGCGGGCGGAUCUUCAGGAACCUCCAGAGCUUCCAGCAACAUGAAAAGCUGCACAAAGCGGGGCAGAUGUUCACCUGUAAGCACUGCGGGAAGGCCUUCCGGCGCCAGAGCAUCUUGCAGAAGCAUCGGUACAGCCACUUGAAAAAAAUUCGGAUCGAGUACUCGUGUGAGCAUUGCAGCGAGUGCUUUGCCACUGUGUUGCAGCUUCAACAGCACGAACGGAAGGUGCAUCGCGGGAGAGGUAAAGGGAAACCGGAACGGACUUACAAGUGUGAAGAGUGCUUUGAGAGCUUCUGCAACGAAGACCUGCUGAGAGAGCACCAACAACAGCAUGUCAUGCAGAGGGAGAACUAUUGCAAAGACUGCGGGAGAGAUUACAACUCACCAGAUGCCCUAAAAAAUCACCGGUGCUUCCGUACUAGGAAGGCCUUAUUUACUUGUAAGGAUUGUGGAAGAGGCUUCGCUAAGAAACAGGAUGCUCUGGAUCACGAGAGAACUCAUCGCGAGACUGAGAGGGAGUUUGACUGUGAGAUCUGUUUCGAGACUUUCAGCUCCAAGGCUGAGCUCAGGGAACACACCGCAGUCCACAGAAACACCCCUAGCUUCAAGUGCAGGCACUGUGAUAAACAGUUCAAGAAAAAGGGAUUCUUAACCAAUCAUGAGAAGACACACACUCAGCAUCGUCAAAGUCGCAGGGGGAAGUCUAAAUCAACACAGCCAGAUGCCGUCAGUAAUCAUGUCAGGGAAGACCAAAGAAAAUCAGACCUGCGACACGAAUCCGUCUUUGUCAGAAAAGAAGGCCUCUAUAGAUGCCAGGACUGCGGAAAGACAUUCAGGCAGAAGGGACAGACAAUUUACCACCAGAAAAAGGAAACCAACUCUAGGGCUUAUCCGUGCACUAAAUGCUCUAACAGCUACCUCACUAGUGCUCACUUGAAGGCCCACAUGUUGACUCAUUCUACCACAAGGACAUUAAAGUGUGACGGCUGUGGGAGGGAGUUUAACUACAAGAGCAAUCUAACAUGCCAUCAGAAGAAGUGCCCUCAAAUCACAGGCGUUGAGGACAAUAUUAGGAAGAGCUCCAGGAGAUACAAUAACCAAGCAAAAGCAAGUACAGUGGAAGGUGGGGAAUCGUCGCUUGAUGAGGAGCGGGAAGAAAUUGACAAUGAAAUUGACAGCCCAAAUGGGAUUGAACAGGGACAGGUGCAACAUCAGUGUAUUUAUAAUAAGGACAUCAGACUGUACCAGUGUCAAGACUGUGGGAAGACUUUCAAACAGAAGGGGCAGACCCUUUACCACCAGAAGAAGGUCAGCAAUGCGAGGCAGUUUGUCUGCAAGGUUUGCAAGAAGGCCUUCCUGACAAGCCCUCACCUAAAGGCUCACGAACUGGUCCACAUCUCAGAGAAGCCACUUUCCUGUGAGGGAUGCGGGAAGGGCUUCAACUAUAAGUGCAACCUAAAGACCCACCAGAGGAACGGAUGCCUCGGCGUGGAUCCAGAAAGCAAACUGGCACUAUCCACAAUGAAGCUCUACAAGUGUGAGGAGUGCGGCAAGGAGUUUAAGCUGAAGAUGUACUAUGAGAAACACCAGAAAAUGCACGAGAGAAGGAACCAACAACAAGAGGCAGAAACAGACGGGGACGUAGACAUUGACCAAAUUGGGCAACGGAAGGAGCAUCGAUCAGACUACAAUGAAGAAGAGGGAACGUACAAAUGCCGUGACUGCCAUGUGGUCUUCAAGCAAUCUGGUCAGGCAUUGUAUCAUUUCAGGAAGUACAGCAACGAACGGAAGUUUGUCUGUAAGGUGUGUCCAAAGAGCUUCCUGACCAGCGCCCAUCUGAAAAGCCACAUCAUGUCACACACAAAGGAGAAACCUUACAAAUGCUGGUACUGCGGUAAGGGAUUUAACCAUAAUUCCAAUCGCAAGUACCACCAGCGGACUUCCUGUAGCGAGAGACCACCUCCAGGGGAACAAAUGGAGGGAGACGCUCACUCUGAGAACAGUCGAGGUCGCGGGGAAGCCAAGAAGCCAAUCACAUGUGUGGUUUGCAACAAGCAGUUUAUGCUGACCCACAGCUGGAAGGUCCACAUGAGGGUGCACACGAGAGAGCAGCCAUUUCUCUGCGAGUAUUGUGGCAAGGCCUUCCGCUGCCGGAGUAACCUGUACGUGCACCGCAACAGCCACACAAAAGAGCGACCGUACCUCUGCAACUACUGUGGGAAGAACUUUGCUCAGUUGUCACAUGUCAAAGUCCACGAAGCCAUCCACAACACCGAGAAGCCGUACAAAUGCGGCAUUUGCGGGAAAAGCUUCAGUCAGGAGUUUUACCUUAAGAGGCACAAGGUCAUGCACGCAGAUGACAGGCCAUUUGUGUGUUUCUGUGGCAAGUCGUUUAAGUACCGAGGUAGCCUGGUUUCGCACAAGGCGACUCACAGCAGUAAGAGGCCGUACGGCUGCCACUUGUGCAGCAAGGCCUUCAAGCAAAGCUGCCAUCUGAAAGUUCACAUCCUGACCCACGGUGAACUGAAACCGUUUAAGUGUGACAAAUGCCAGAAGGCAUUCAUCCGCAAAAACCAGCUGAGCCGACACCAGCGCAGUCACAGCGACGAGCGCUGCUACCGUUGCAAUCUGUGCGGGAAGGACUUCAAGCACAGCUCCAGCAUGAAGCGGCAUCAAGAGCGCAAGCAUAACAAGGAGCCCUCCGACACUGCUGGCUCAACCACGACUACAACCACCACCACUGCUGCUGCAGAACCCCAACCAGUGUUUGACAGUGUGCCCUACUCGCAGCCUCAAACAAACGUCAAGAAAAACGGCUUUCGGGUCAACAAUCCCAAAACCUCCUGGCCUGCAGCGGUGGAUGGUGUCAGCAUUGAGCAGGAUACCCAGAUGCAGAUGACAACAGCGCAGCUAGAUGCUGGGCCACAACCCAACCAACACGUUGACAACAGGGUGUUAACUCAAAUGGACAAUAGACUGACCGGUCAGCCAGUAGAAUGCAGAAUGGCCGGUCAACCCAUAGACUACAGAGUGUCACCCCAACUGACCGAUCCUAGACUGCCACCCGAAUCGUCAGUUCCUGGUCAUCUUUCUCAUCUGGCAUCUGGACAUCCGGUCUACUCUGAGGCUCAGUACAUCCAAGGAGCUGAGUUUGCAUCAGUCCACCUGCCACAUAUUGGCACCUUCGAUUUUAGAACUAGUACCUCCGGUAGCGUAGACUACACGAUAUUGUAAUUUUGCUACAAUGUGUAUGCAUCUUAUUGCUACAAUGUGUAUGCAUCUUAUUGUAUGAAUGUGUAUCUGAAAUAGAAUGUGGGAAAUAUACAUGUAUCUGUAUACUGUUAUACCUCAGAUCUGAAACCAAAUAUGUUUGAGUAGUGAAGAAAUACCCGUAUGGAGAUUCACUUUGUACUAGUUCUCUUCUGUGAACAAGUGUAGCUAGCUUGGAAUGCAUUUGGUCGGUUUUUGUAUUGAUGCAUUGUACUUUUACUAUUUAAACACAGUUAAUAAUCCAUUGAAAACGAAUGUCUUUCCAUUGAGUGAAAAUAUGCCUGGUUUGAACAUAUCUGGUGUUCAGGUCAUUAAAUGGAUCUCUAUACACAUGUAAAAGUUAUUUUUUUUUUACCAAAUUGUGGACAAAACCCUGAACUUGGACAUUUGUGUGUCAUUUUAUGUGAACCGUUUUCGUUUUCUCUAUGGCCUGUGCUUUUUAUGGUUCUUUUCUUCAUAUGAAAGCAACUUCAACUGGUGAAGUGUCGAACGAACUGUCAGUGGUACGUUCUGUGUAGAAAUAGUCCAGUUAAAUAAUGAGGUAGUGCUUACUUGCUAUAUCUUUUAUUCAAAAUUAAUAAAUACCUUGAAGAGUU